AUGGCUAUUGCUGGCGCCCAACGUAAACAGGUCCUCAAGGUGUUGAUGAUCUCGCUGCUGCUAGAUCUGAUUUCCUUUACAUUCAUUCUACCACUUUUCCCGUCGUUAUUAUCCUUCUAUCGUGCCCAGGAUCCAUCACCAGAUUCCCUUCUCAAUCGCAUUUUCCAUUACUUGAAUGCCUACAAGAACUCCUUCGCCCGCCCCAUCGACUCGCGCUAUGAUAUCGUUCUCCUCGGCGGAGCUCUCGGCUCGCUCUUUUCCCUGCUCCAGGCCCUUGUCGCCCCGGUCAUCGGUCACCUGUCUGAUAAAUAUGGCCGUCGUCGUACCUUGCUUUGGGCAAUGAUUGGAAACCUGCUCAGCGUUCAACUAUGGGUCUCUGCAACGGAUUUCCGUACCUUCCUCGCAAGUCGUGUCGUUGGAGGCCUUAGCGAAGCAAAUGUGCAAUUGGCCAAUGCUAUCGUGGCGGAUGUCACUGAUGAAGCGCAGCGUGGCGCAUCCAUGGCUCUAGUUGGCGCCUGCUUCAGUAUUGCUUUUACCUUUGGGCCGUUGCUGGGUGCUGGUUUGAGCUCAAUUGAGAUCGUUGCGGCGAACCCAUUCAUUACUGCGGCCCUGAUGUCGCUCGUGCUGAUUCUUUUGGAGACCGUGUACAUCUGGGCUUGUCUCCCUGAGACGCAUCCGCGACUUACUACCCUCAAGCAGGAGACUGAGAAUGAGAAUGAACAGUCGGCUCAGGCGAAGAACCCUGCAAAGAAGGAUUCUCUUGCUCAAAAACCACACACUAAUAACCCGGCCAUCCUCAAUGCUAUUCAUUUCCUCUUCCUGUUGCCUUUCUCGGGCCUGGAGUUCUCUCUUCCCUUCUUGACCGCUACGCUCUACGCUGGAACCACGACUGCCAGCCCUGCAGCUCUGAACGGCCGUCUUCUCUCCAUGAUGGGUCUUAUUGCCUCUCUUCUCCAGGGAACCCUUGUCCGCCGCUUGCCUCCGCUGGUCACCGUUCGCGCUGGUGUGGUAGCUUGCGCUUUGUCCUUUUUCUGUCUUGCUCGCAUCUCCUCCGUAUCGGGCCUCUAUGCGGCGGGUGCUCUGCUAGCCAUUACCACCGCCACUGUCGUGACGGGCCUUAACAGCCUGGGUAGCUUUGAGGCAAGGGACGCAAACCGUGGUGCUGUUAUGGGCCGUCUUCGUGGCUGGGGUCAGGCGGGACGGGCUACGGGUCCUAUCCUUUUCUGCACAUUGUUCUGGUGGGCCGGUCGUGAGGCUGCAUACACUGUUGGUGGUAUUGCGAUGUGCAUUGUGGCAGUUGGGGUCUUUGGUUUCUUGAAGUCGCCCGUUGUUCAUUCGAAGACGGAGUGA